GUUGAGUCAAAGCUUCAAUCUACAGAGGAUUUGAUUACGAGACUAAAGCUCCAGCAGAGCGAAGAGAUGGCGACUGCAAGAGCGUUGAUGGAGCAACAACAUGCUGAGGCCAUUGCAUCAUUGACGGAAGAGCUGGAAGGGAGGAUUGAGCUGGCCAAGACAGAACGUGAGGAAGCCCUUAACUUUCAGUUGGAAGUAAUGACACGUGAAUCCACUGAGCUCAAAGACAAGUUGACAUCUAAGGAUCGAGAAUACCAAGAGCUCCAGGAGAUACACAGGGUUGAUAUGGACAAGCUGAAGGAAAUCAAUGAGUUGCGACAGUCAGAGCUGCAAUCAAGGCUUCGAGGGAUGGAAAAGAAGUGCAAGCAGCAGCAGGAAAACCAUGAAGGCAUGCUGCGUAAUUUGCAUGACGAGCUGGAGCGGUGCUUGACAGAGGCACAGGAGAAACUGGAGAAAGCUGAAAAGAAAUCCAUGCGACUUGAGGAGGAAAGCAGGGCCCGUGAAGCUCAACUCAAGGAGAGUUACGAGCAACAAAUUGAGGAGUUGCGACAGAGUGAGAUGAGAUUGGAAGAGGAAUGCGCAACAACAAGAGUUGAGGCGGAGGGUCAUAUCAGCAAACUUAAGAUGGAACACGAGAACAUGCUGAACAAGCUCAACAUGGAGCAUGAGGACAGUCUUCGAAAGACUCAAAUGGAGCAUGAGAACGUCAUCAAGAAGAAAGAUCUGGAGCACGACAGCAUCCUUAAAUCUAUGAAGCUGGAUCAUGAGAACGCACUGAAAACUCAGCGUAUGGGCUUUGACAGUUCUUUGAGGAAGAGGAAGCUAGAACAAGAAUCCUCUUUUAAGUCACAACGUGUCAGCUUGACAGAGGAAACGGCCAAGUCAGGGGAAGCCAAGGAAGCCAUGGAGGCUAAGGAUGUGGAAUCAGGCAAAAGUCAAGCUGCGCUGCAACUGGAAAAGUAUCUCGGUUGUGCACAGAAGUUGGAAGGCUCCACUCCUGCGUCCAAUGGAGCAGCUGAAACACAGAAUCUUACUUCAUCGAAGACACUGAAGUCACGGAAAAAACUAUCGGGGAAGAAGUUGAGGCUCCAGCCAGCUAUAUCUACACAACAGCAGGAUCUCGCUUUGGACGCAAAAGCUGCUACUCCCAAACAGUUGGAUUUCGUCACCAAAGCUACAUCUACGUUUUCUAAGAAGAAGAAGCUGAAGCACAUGGAAGCUGACUACAAGCCUAAUGAUUCCAAGGUGGACUUCACUAAG